AUGGCGACCACGCCGGUUCGUCAAAAUACAUCCAACUCGAAGAUAAAGUCGCCACGAACGCCUGGUUUUACUGGUACCGUUGCAUCUUCUCGAGUUGAAAACAUUAUUUAUAGCUGCAUUGAACAACAUCGCAAAUGGAAAAGUGCAGUUGAUAAAGGGUCUCAGUUUUGUAACGCAAUCUCAAACGCUAAACUUAGCACUCUCCAAUCUGAAGGGCAACUUCCUUACCCGGAAAACGUAAUACUUUAUUGUAAAAACAUGCGCAUUUUGAUCACCAUUUUUGAAGACGCUUUAUUGAAUGCCGAAACCUGCCUUACCCACAUUAAAUCAUUAGAAUCAUCUUUCGAAGCGAGUGCAGUGAUCGGACAAACAUGGAAUUUCCAGAAAAUCGUUAGUGUUUUAGAGACGAUUGUCACCUCUUAUAAAAAUGAAUUUUGCACCAGAAGCCACAUAUCCGAGAACAUCGGCCACACUAUGUCAACCGAACAAUUGAAGCUUUACGUUCGAGGCUGGAAUAGUAUGAUGGACCUUGAACGAGAUCGGGAAUUACAAUUUCACAUGAUGAUGUAUGAGUUUCGGUUUUCAGGGUAAAAAGAACUCCUUCGUUGCAACAUUUCCAGUAACAGAACUACUGCAAAAGCGGCUUCCCCGUAGAUCAUCUGUGCGUGCUGCACAAUAAUCGAUUUCUGUGCGAAAGACGUUCUUACUCAUAUUCCAUGUGCGCUACACUGCUCAACAGUUUUGUUUAUUUUCAUGUUUCUGCAUUCGUUGUUUUUUCCAUCGUGCUGAACAGCUCAUUUGCUGCAUGUGACACUUAACUUAGAAUAAAUCUUUUAUACACAA